UACUCUUGCACUCGCCGCAGUGAUGAGCCUGCUGCAGGGAGCUCAGUUCUGUUCUUCCUCUCCUCUUCCUCUUCUCCAGUGGCUGUGUGGGUCGUUAGUGUCACUGGCAGCUGCAGUGGUAGGGAAUCGGCUACAGAUGGAGGUCAACAGACACAGGGACCUAUGAGACAGAUGGGGAGAUACUGUGAAGAACGGUUGUAAAGGAGAACGACCUAGGUCAUGUUUGAUUGGCCCAACAUCACAGUGCCCAGCUCUUCAGAGCAGGGCCUGAAACCAGGAGACGAGGAUCUGCAGAGGUCUACAUGUGUCCUGGGCUUCUUCCCUGUCAUCUAUUAUAGCUCCCUCCUCUGUGUGGGAGUACCAGUAAACAUACUGACUGCGGUGGCUCUAUCCCGGCUGGCAGCCCGUACUAAGAAGGCUAUGCAUGUGUACCUGCUGGCUCUGACCGGCUCUGACAUCCUCUCCCAGCUCUUCAUUAUCUUCAUGGGCUUUCUGCUAGAAACAGCUGUGUUCCACCGUGAAGUCCCCACCCUCCUGCUGCGCUCGGUUAGCAUGGCAGAGUUUGCUGCCAAUCACGCCUCCAUCUGGGCCACCGUACCCCUAACCGUGGACCGCUACGUGGCGCUGUGCCAUCCGCUCCUCCACCGCCAGAUCAGCUACCCGGCACGAGCGUGGCGGAUCAUCACCGUCGUCUUUUUCCUGGCGCUGUUGUCAGGCAUACCGUUCUUCUGGUGGUCUGACAUGUGGCGCGUCGCCCGCCCGCCCACUUCCCUGGACUCUGCCCUCAUAUGGACACACGUGACGAUAAUCUACUUCCUGCCGUGUAGCAUCUUCCUGGUUCUGAACUUGCUGAUCAUUCACCGGCUGCAGGCGCGGCAGAGACAGGUCCCGUGCCAGGACGAGCGUGGUGGUAGCGGGGCCCGGUUGGCCCCGCGGCGGCGCCUGGGUAAGAGCACCGCCAUGCUGCUCGCCAUUACCUCCGCGUUCGCCAUCCUUUGGGCCCCCAGGACUAUAGUGGUCAUCUAUCAUCUAUACGUGUCCUCGGUCCACAAGGACUGGCGGGUCCACCUGGCCUAUGACCUGUCUAACAUGCUGGCCAUGCUCAACACUGCGGUCAACUUCUUCCUCUACUGUUUCGUCAGUAAGCCAUUCAGAGCGGCCGUGAGGGAUGUUCUGUUGCUCAGGGGGGGUCCGUUGUACCACCGAAGGAUAAUCCCCAACCAGCAGGCCCCCGCCAAAGCCUCUACGUCCUUGCUGUCUAGCGGGACAAACGCUCACACCGAGACUACCAACCGCACCCCCCUAACACCCUGCAGAGCUAACGAGACCAUGUGGCCCUGACCUUGAUCCUUAAUCCUGAGAUGAGACCCCCCUAAUUGAGACCAACCCCUUCGUCCACCCCAUCUCUCCAUCCCCUCUAUUAUGCCAUUCCUACAGCCCAUGAACAAUGUGACUUCGACCUUAACUAUGGGACCUCCCUAAUUGAGACAAACCCUGUACCCUUUUCCAUCCGUCUCCUAUUCCAUCCCUCUAUCCGUCUGCUCCAUCCCCCCAUCCCACUGUCCCCCCAACACCCCAUCCCACGGACCAAGUGACCUUGAAGGUUAGACACCCCUUAAUUGAGACCAAACCCUCCCCUCACCCCAUUCCCUCAUCCCACGAACCAUGUGACCUUCACCCUGAGACCCCAGAUCAACCUCCUUUACCCAUCCUCUUAUUGCCUCAUCUCUCUAUCCCUCAUCCCACCAUCCAUCCCCCUAUCCCACGGUCGCCCUAAGCACUUAUGACCUCUGAACCACAGAGAACCACAGAGUGCAUUCCAGCCUUUUACUGAACUGUUGUUGGACUCAAAACAAGCAGAAUGUUUUCUGAUUCAACAUGUUAUUUAUUAUGUCCAGCGGGAAUCAGAUUAUAAUGGCACAAAGUAUUUAUUUUUUGUUAGGGGGAAAAUUUGGCUUGUGAUAUUACGAGUGCUUGGCUUGACUUUAUGUUACUUUCCAUAUAUGGAAGCUAGUUGUAAUUAUGUAACAUGCUAUUGUUUAUAUUGGUAAAAAAAAGAAGGAAUGCCAUAUGGACAUUAUAUGGUCUUGGUGGCUGCAGAUGAACAUGGUGCUUUAGUUAACACAUAGAGAGAAGAGACACUGUGAAAAGAGAUGAUGCUUUCAUCAUGUGCAUGCUACUUAAAGUGAAUGGCUCAUCUAUCUAUUUACACAUUGAGCAUAGCCUCAUCAUUUCCUCUCAGUUCUCUACAGGGGGACAGUUUAGUUCUAUGUGAAUCACUUUACAAUAGAAGGAAAUUCAAAAUGCUCUUCCUUUACAGAACAUAAGUUAAGUAAUAGUAAGACUGUAUUUUCAUAUAGUGCAUUAUUCUUUACUAUGGAGAGAACACUCCACAUGCCUAUUUGCCCAAAUGACAGUGUGACAGGCUUGCUGAGCAGCACAACUGAACCAAUCAAGCAAACAAAUAGCAUUAAGUACUUCAUUUCAACAGUGAGAGCGAGGAGCAAACCACAGCUGUGGUUAUUUUUCAUGAAAACGCAAGUGGAUGGAGGUUUAAAUGAAUGCUUGCUGUAAGUGCCUAAAAGCCGCAGCAGGGGAAGAAGACCCUGUUCUGCAAACACACUCUCCCUGUGGGCUUCAGCUCAGCUAGCUAAACAAAUCCCACAUCAGACUGACAGACGGCACACAGAAAGUACAUUUUCCAUCUGCUCCUGUGCAAUAAGACGAUAAGGACAAAUUCAAAUGACAAUUUUUAAUACGAGAUAUUUCAUCAAUAAGGCAUGAGAACCUGUGUUUUAUUGUAGAUAGCACAGGGCUAAGGUGUCCUCUUGAAACAUCUACACUUACUGACAAAUUUGCAUUAUCAUGUGUAAAUGGGAUCAACAAGCACUUUGUGACAUCAGUAUUUGUUUGGAGCUGAGUGUUCUCUUCUCUAUACAUGGUUCUAACUAAUGACUGAAUUAACAGUUGGCAAGUGAAAUCUGUUGGUGUAUUGAUUUUUCAUGCAAUUAAUUAAUUUAGCCCCAAGAGUUAAUGAACAAUGUUUAGACUUUGAUCUUGAAAUAACCAUUUUAAUCACGCACCUCUGGCUCAUCAAUAAGUCCUCAGUGAAAGGCUUUUCAAUAAGGACAUACUUUUCUGUCCUCCUCAUAGCCAUUGUAUAACUAGUUUGAGAAGAUGUUUCAACUACAUAAGAUAGUUAAUUUGUUUGCACUAAUAGGAACAGGCAGUAAGAAAGAAGGACACAUUUUUGUUGAUUACAUCUCCUGUGUUCCUCUGUAGCUCAGUUGGUAGAGCACAGUGCUUCUAAUGCCAGAGGGUUCAAUUUCUGCAACUACCCAUAUGUAAAAUGUAUGCACUUGUAAGUUGUUUUGGAUAAAAGCGACUGCUAAAUGGCAUAUAUUUUGUCUUAGUGAAAUUGGGAGUAAGCUAAUUGCCCACUUGUUACGUGAUUUAGGUUAUCAAUGUUCCUAAACCGAACUUCAAUUUAACUACUCAGUUUGUAUACCAGAAGGUGUAAGGUUCCGGUUGAAAGAAACAGACUGAGGCCCAGCUAACAAUGGUCAGAACGCUUAUUUACGAGAGGUCUGAAAUUCAUACAAUGCACACAGCCAUUUAUAUUACUCAUUUCGUCAUAUAAAUGCCCCUCCUCUUCUCUAACAUUGUCAAUGCUGCUCCAAUACAUGCAUUGCUUAUCAUGUCCUGCACAUGCUACAUAAUCUACUGCAAGCCUAACGGUUUCUCCCCUCCCUGGGUGAGGAGACCUUCUUCCUGUUAUCAGUUUCACAGUAGUCACAAGUUGUCUGCUGUCUGGUAACAGUUCCCCUUUUCCCUUGAAUGUCUUGCUUACAUUGCUAAAUCAUUAAGCUUCAACUUUUCCUACACACACACACAUUAGUACAUUCAUCUUAUAACCACUCGGUUAUCCCUUUUCAGGGUGAAAUCAUUUAGUCACUACUAUAUAAUACACUUUUUUGUGACAUCCAAUUGCGAUCUUGUCUCAUCGCUGCAACUCCCCAACGAGCUUGGGAGAGGCAAAAGUCAAGUCAAGAAAAACAUGACCCACCAAAUCACGCUCCUUAAAACCUGCCUGCUUAAUCUGAAAGCAAGCUGCACCAAUGUGUCAGAGUUUGGCGACGCCAUUCAACUGACAAGUGAGGUCAGCCUGCAGUUGCCCAGCCCACCACAAGGAGUGCAAAGAGCCAAGCAAAGCCCCCCCCGGCCAACCCCUCCUCUGACCCAGAUGACCCUGGGCCAAUUGUGUGCCGCCCUAUGGAACUCUCUGUCACAGCAGGUUAUGACACAGCCUGGGAUUGAACCCAGGUCUGUAGGGACACUUCAAGCACUGUGAUGCAGUGCCUUAGACAGCUGGUGGCACCUCAAUUGGGGAGGAUGGGCUUGUGGUAAUGGCUGUAGCAGAAUAGGUGAAAUGGUAUCAAAUGUAUCAAACAAAUGGUUUCCAUGUGUUUGAUGCCAUUCCAUUCGCUCCGUUGCGGACAUUAUUACGAGCCAUCCUCCCCUCAGCAGCCUUCACUGAUUUUAAAUCAUGUACAUGUGAAAGCACACUAAAAUGACUAUCUGCCAUGAUGAUUGUUAUAACCUUAAGUCUUUCAGAUGGCAGCCUAAAUGCUCAUCAUUCCCACUACAACUGGAUCAUUCCUUGCAGUUUAGUGUUUGUAAAUAGAUAAUGUGUGUUUUAUUUUAUUUCACCUUUAUUUAACCAGGUAGGCUAGUUGAGAACAAGUUCUCAUUUGCAACUGCGACCUGGCCAAGAUAAAGCAAAGCAGUUCGACACAUACA